AUGCAGCCCUUCCUGCUCAUGCUCUUCCUCCUCCAUGCCUGCCUCCCCAGAGGAGAUGGGGACCUCCGAGAGAACCUGACCUUGUUGAAGACUGAGUUUGCACUUCGCCUCUACCAGAGUGCGGCAGCUGAUAGAAAUGGAACUAAUUUUGUCAUCGCCCCAGCUGGUGUGUCCAUCCCUCUAGAGAUCCUACAAUUUGGAGCCCAGGGGAACACUGGCCUGCAGCUGGCACAGGCCCUAGGCUAUACCGUCCAAGACCAAAGGGUCCGAGAUGUCCUCCAGUCUCUUUACUUCAUGCUACCCAACAGCAGCCACAGCGCCAGGAUGGAGCUGGCCUGCACAUUGUUGGUGCCAGCAGGAAUGCCGCUGUCCCCCUGCUUCGUGGAACAGGUCUCCCAGUGGGCCCACAGCAGCCUGAAGCCAGCCAAUCUCAGUGAGCCCAGUGACACUGCCAGCCAGACCAGCGAGCAGGCCUCGGGGCAGAAUUCUGGUGGUGGGAAAGGUGAAAGCCCCGGGGCUCCCAGGUGGGAGCUCGGUGAGGCUUCUGCUCAGCUGGCCCUUGUGAGCACCGCGACCUUCCAAAGCGCUUGGUUACAGAGCUUCUCGUCCACAAACACACAGCUCCUGCCUUUCACCUGCGCCCAGGGCCACAUCGUCCAGGUACCCAUGAUACACCAAAUGGCCGAGGUCAACUACGGUGAGUUCCUAGGCCCCACAGGCCUUCAAGUGGGGGUACUGGAGCUGCCUUACUUGAGAAGUACAGCCAGUCUGCUCCUGCUAAUGCCCCGAGAUAAGGACACCGCGCUGGGCCAUGUAGAGCCAUACCUCACUGCCAGCAUCCUCCACACCUGGACCUCCAGCCUGACACGGGCCAGGAUGGAUGUGUUCCUGCCCAGAUUCAGGAUCCAAAAUCAUUUCAACUUAAAAAGCAUGUUAUGUUCUUGGGGAGUCAUCGAUCUCUUUGAUCCACGUAAAGCUAACUUGAAAGGGAUGUCAGGCCAAGAUAGCUUUUAUGUUUCUGAAGCAAUCCACAGAGCAAAGGUUGAGGUGUUAGAGGAAGGAACCAAGGCAUCUGGAGCCACAGUUCUGUUGUUACAGAAAAGGUCUCGAAUCCCUAUUUUUAAAGCAGACCGACCAUUCAUCUUUUUCCUGAGAGAAAGCAACACAGGUAUUAUAGUAUCUUUAACAGAAUUCAGAUAUAUUAACUGUCAGUGUCUCCCUAGCAACAAUGGGUCAUCUAUCCACUGUAAUUUAAAACAAGCAUUCCUUCUAGUUCCUGUGAUGCUUCAGAUGCUUUCCGGUUGCUAUGUCAUGUAUGCCCAAGAAAGGUGACUAUUUUAUAACUAUAAAGGCAACUAAUCUUCAUAUUUUUUUUUGUCUACCAUUCAACUAAUUUGUAGCUAAUACAGACUUUUUUCAAAUUCAUGUUUCUACUUCUGGAGAGACUUAUGAAAAAUAGUAAAUGACAAGUCUUGACUUCUUUUCUAGUGAUUGCCUAGCUUUCCUGUCUAUCUUCUGAGUGAGUCCUCUCUUAGCAACCUUAGUAUUCUAAUGAAUGCACCUAGAUGCUUGUAGUUUUUCUAUUCACUUUUCUCAAGACUGCUGAUAUUAUACAAAAAUCAAAUGUUUUUACUAGUAUUUUCAAGUCCCUCUAUAUAACCUCAUCUUAAUUCAAAGGUAUUAUGAAAAAGGCAAAACCUUAGCACAAAUGGAUAAGCAGAAGCCCCUUUAGUGUCAACAUUAACAAAGUAGUCAUUUCUUUUCAGCUUUCCUUUCCCCCUUCGA